AUGUCUACGACUACAACCACUCAGACAAACACACUGUCUAUCCUCGCAGACUACGAGCUGCAUCACAGUGGCUCUGACAACGUUCAUGAAUCCCACGAGCCUGCAGUGCCACCAGUCCAGUCGCAACCGGCCAACUGGCCUUCAAAUCACCGCCGGGUGCCAGCAUACCGGCCUAUAAACCGUAACUUGGAAUUCGACGAGAGGCCAGCGGGCAGCAAUCCAGCCGAGUUUGUAUUUAUUCAAACAAUGCUUCAUGGAGUGUGGCUGAACGCGGCCGUGUCGCGACUAUGGCGAUUCACCGGAGGCAGAAUCAACGAUCGGAUAUUCCAUUACGAAGUCGGAGGAGAAUGGUGA